AUGAAUCUUCUUGACGAAUAUACCUCUAGCGAAGGUGAAACAAGUGAUCAAGCUACCUCAAAAAGAUAUGCCACUGACGAAACUGGUAGCUCGGUGGUUAAGCGACUAAAGGUUGAUUUGGCGCCACAUGUUAGUCUAGAGGACCCAAAACACUCUACUGGAAUAUACAUUAACCCUACCGAAACCAGCAUUUCUGUAAACCUUCCAUAUGAAGACCUUGUAGCCCCGGUUGCUGGCCCCAACAAUCCCUUCAACACCCGAGUCGUCAAUCAAAACGUACUUACCGGACACGUAGAAGAACAGGCAUAUACUGAAUCUGCUUUUAGAACUCAGCAGCGUACAUUUGCUUCCUUCGGAUAUGCACGUGAUCCAUCACUAAUUGUGCCAGGGGAAGGGGGAAUCGCGGGAACGGGAUUUGUAGGGGAUGUGGAAAAAGCAGUAACGUUGAAGGGCGCAACGAUUUAUGAUCCGAUGGCAAAGCACGCAAACUUACCCAACCGUAAACCGAAAGGAGACUCGGGAGUAUUGGAGGGUGAGAAUGCGUACCAAGGACCUUGGGCGGGAUAUGAAGGCGAAAAUAUUGGAACUGCUGUUGGUCCAUCAGAGAAUAUGGUUUCUUCCAGAGUUGACACAACAAAAGAAGCCAAAAAACAAAUCGAAUUUGGACAAGAAAAAACAAUAUUUCAUGGAAAAUCAGAAUUCGAUUAUCAAGGUAGAACUUAUAUGCACGUUCCUUUGGAUUUGGAUGUAAACUUGCUCAGUGAACCAGGGACACAAGAAUGUUACAUACCAAAACGGUUAAUACAUACAUGGUCUGGGCACACAAAGGGCGUCUCGGCAAUACGAUUUUUUCCCAAAUCAGCACAUUUACUGUUAUCCGCUAGCAUGGACACAAAAAUAAAACUCUGGGAUUUCUAUCACGACCGAAUCUGUUUACGGACUUUUAUAGGACAUAAUAAAGCGGUGCGUGACAUCACGUUUAGUAAUGACGGACGUAGGUUUUUGAGUGCUAGUUAUGAUAAAAAUAUUAAACUGUGGGAUACAGAGACUGGAAAAUGCAUAAAAGCCUUUACUACCGGCAAAAUACCUUAUGUCGUGAAAUUUAAUCCGGAUGAAGAUAAGCAAAAUAUAUUCCUUGCUGGAUGUUCUGAUAAGAAAAUAUUUGACAUCAACACGGGAGAAGUCACCCAAGAAUACGAUCAGCAUUUAGGCGCAGUCAACACGAUAACAUUUGUCGAUGAAAAUCGACGGUUCGUGACUACAUCUGAUGAUAAGACGUUACGGGCUUGGGAAUUUGAUAUUCCAGUCGUGAUAAAAUAUAUCGCGGAACCACAUAUGCAUAGUAUGCCGUCGGUGACAUUGCACCCUAAUAAAAAAUGGCUUGCAUGUCAAUCAAUGGAUAAUCAAAUUGUCGUCUAUGGAGCAAAAGACCGGUUCCGAAUACACCGAAAAAAAAGGUUUGUCGGUCAUUUGGUGGCCGGGUACGCUUGUCAAGUGAAUUUCUCACCUGAUGGUCGGUUUAUUAUGUCGGGUGACUCAGAGGGGAAUUUGUGUUUUUGGGAUUGGAAAACGUGUAAAUUAUUAAAAAAAUUCCAAGCACACGAUGGUGUCGUAAAUGGAUGUGAAUGGCAUCCUCACGAGACUUCUAAAGUGGUGACAUGCAGCUGGGAUGGAUUAAUUAAAUUAUGGGAUUAA